CAAGCCUCAGCUCAUGGACGUCUUCAAGGAUGAGGCGCACGUCGACACGCACGCCAAGUUCUGCGCCAGGAACCACAUGAAGAAGAGGGACCUGAAGCGGCAGUGCAUCGUGUACUUCUACACUCGCAAGCUCGAGCGACAUGGCACGAGGCACCAGGGGAAGCAGACGGACUUGACCGUGGAGGGCAAUAUCGGCCAGCAGGGCGCCGAGGAGCAGGACAGCGACAAGGGCGCCAUUGAGGAGCUCGAGGCUGAGUCCGACGAGGGCACCGGCUCGGACGACUCGAGCAGCGAGGGCGGCAAGAACGCUAAGCACAAGGAGAAGGUCAAG